AUGAAAAGAGUAGUUCACCUAGCUACUGAUAUCGACUUCACAAACGCAAUAGUAGCCUUCAGGCAAGCGGUUUGCCUACCCCCGACAGGCAUCACAACGACUAUUCUCCCGUGGGUGUGUUGGGCCCUUUGGUCAGCUCGAAACAUGCGCAUAUUUGAGAAUCACACUCUCACAGCUAUAGAAGUGGCGACAAAAGCCCUCAAAUUAGCAAGAGAAUGGAUAAAUGCCCAAAAUCAAAUCUUGAAAGGGAAUGGUCCAGUACCUCAACCCAAGCAGGCGAAGCGACAACAGAUGAUCACCGGAACGACAGCGACAUGCAGAUCUGACGCAGCCUAUGACAAGCGAUCCCGAAGGGCAGGACUGGCAUGGAUCUUCAAGGAACCAUCUGGUACCCAUCUCAAUCAAGGAGCCACCACACAUGAUCUCGUUAGCUUUCCACUAAUGGCAGAAGCGCUCGCUCUUCGAAACGGAUUACUUUCUGCAGUGAAUCUCGAGCUAGACAAGCUCCAGAUCUUCUCUGACAACUCAACCCUCAUCCGAGUAAUCAACAACGACACACAUGUGAAGGAAAUCUUUGGUAUUCUCAAAGAUAUCCAACAGAUUUCCUCUGUUUUUGUCGAGAUAACGUUCUCUCACACUCCUCGGUCUUCCAAUGUCGAAGUCGAUCGUUUAGCUAAACAUGUUCCAUUUGGUAAAGUUGUGAGAUGUCCGAGCUGUUUGAUUGGCAUUGCUGUUCCACAACCCCAGAAUGGAGUUCAGGUUCAAACACCUUCGGAUACAGCAGAAACGCACCAGUUUGGCGCUGAGACAGCUGAGCUCCCUGUGCAAGAAGAAGAAAGAGUGACAAUUGCGUUUGCUGUUCCAUAA